CCCAUCAGAACGCGAAUUGAAAUCAACGUCGAUUUCGAGACCGGGCAAGAGCGCACUUCAGCUAUCCGGACUGCAGUCAUCAUCAGAGAGGAAUAAUAGAAGAAGUAACGGAUUGGUGCUUUGAAUAUCAGGGUGACUUACAGGCUUGCCACUAUCAGAGGAGCUGCAAUCCCUCUCAUUUCAUUUUAGAUACUACAGCUCAAGCUGUACUUUGACACGCGACCCUUGCUAUAUGAUCGCACAGUCUGUAUAAUUAUGGAAGAUAAGACGUACACGUUUUGUCUGUCGAAGGAUAUCAAUCUUCCGGUUCACGUGAAGAUUGAUGGAUUGGAAGGAAUAAAGCCACCGGUUGCUCUUACGAAGACUCUCGAAGAAUCAAGAAUUAGACAGAUUGGGUCUAAUACAAGCCCAAUAUCCGACCUAUUUGUGACUGUACAGCUAUUUGCGAACUGCAAGCCCCUUACAGCACCUGUCCGUACGACAGUCAAGAAUCCAAAGACUGGAAGGAGAUGGAAUGAAUGGCUGGAACUACCGAUUUCGUAUGCUCAGCUGCCAGUGACUGCUCAACUGGCUAUAACAGUGUGGGAUAUUGCAGGAUCGCGACAGUUGAUUCCAUAUGGCGGAACUACGGUGCAGCUUUUUGAGGAUAAGGACUACACUUUGAAACGCGGACGGCAUAGUUUGUAUCUAUGGCUAGAUCGAGAGGCAGAUGGGAUGUCAAACACGACGACGCCGAACAGUGUUGCAGGACAGCAGGACAGUCUUGAGAGUAGACUGAAGAGGAAUGAAUUUAACGAGACGACCAGGGUUGCGUGGUAUGAUACGCUUGCGUUUCGACAGCUAGAGAUUGAGAAUCAAAAGGAGCGGGCGAAGGCUUUGAUGUCUGAGCAUUCGCUUGUUGUCGAGUUUCCAAAGUUUGAUUUCCCGGUUCUGUUUGCGGAUUAUACAUAUAUAGCGACGGACGAGAUUGCGGAGAAUGUGCAGUCAGAAGAGCUGAUUUCGGAGCAAUAUGCGGUUGUGACGGUUUACGAUCCGGAUGCGUCGCGGGAGAAUGUGGAGGAGACAAAGCACCGAAAGCUACUGCGAAGUCACCGGAAUAUGCUGGAUAAGGAGCUGAAGCCGAAUCCGAGAACAAGAGACGAGCUGAAUGAAAUUCUGAAUUAUCCGCCAGUACAAGAGCUUACAGCGGAAAACAAGAAUUUGAUCUGGAGGUUCCGAUACUAUCUUACGCGUGACAAGCGGGCUUUGACGAAAUUUGUGAAAUCGAUUGCGUGGGAUGAUGCUCGAGAAGCGCGACAAGGCACAGAGCUGUUGACGAAGUGGAUUGAGAUUGAUGUCGACGACGCGUUGGAGCUUUUGGGACCGUCGUUUAAGAAUCCAGCGGUACGAUCGUAUGCAGUUGACCGAUUACGGAAAGCGGACGAUGAUGAGCUACAGCUGUAUCUACUUCAACUUGUUCAGGCUUUGAAGUUUGACAAGGUCGGGAAUGGGUACGGCAAGAAAUCGAGUCUGGCGCGGUUUUUGGAAGGACGAGCGGCGAAGAGUGAGAUUUUGGGUAACUCGUUCUACUGGUUUGUGACGGUGGAAGCGGAGGACGAAAGAGGUACUAGUCGGAGGCUUUACAAGUCAGUUUUGAGUGAUUUCCGAAGCACGCUUGCGGGGAUGCCGGAUGGGUCGGCGCGGUUGAGGACGUUGGAGAGGCAGAUGAAGUUUAUUGUGACAUUCGCGAGGUUGGCGAGAGAGAUUCGGUUUUCGAAGGAGUCGCGGCCAAAGAAGAUUGAUAGUCUGCGGAAGUUUUUGUCAGAUCCAAAGCAGGAGUUGCUGAAUUUUGAUCCACUGCCGUUACCGCUGGAAGCUACGGUUAAUGUUGUUGGGGUGGUGCCGGAGGAGUCGAGUGUGUUUAAGAGCAGUCUGCUGCCGCUGCGGAUAUCGUUCAAGACGGAAGAAGGAGGGACAUAUCAGAUUGUGUUUAAGAAUGGAGACGAUUUGCGGCAGGACCAGUUGGUGAUGCAGAUUAUCAGUUUGAUGGACAAGCUGCUGCGGAAGGAGAAUCUUGAUUUGAAGCUGACGCCAUACAAGAUUCUGGCGACGGGACCGAUGGACGGAUCGAUGCAGUUUAUUCCGAGCACGUCGUUGGCGGCAGCGCUGGGGGAGUAUCAUUCGAUAUUGGCAUUUUUGAAGGAGCACAAUCCGGAUGCGAACGCGCCGCUGGGGGUGAAGGCGGAGGCGAUGGACACGUUUGUGAAGAGUUGUGCGGGAUACUGUGUUAUUACGUAUUUGCUUGGAGUGGGAGACCGACAUUUGGACAAUCUGCUGAUUUGCCCGGACGGGCACUUUUUCCAUGCCGACUUUGGGUAUAUCCUAGGACGAGACCCGAAGCCGUUUGCGCCGCUGAUGAAGCUGCCGAUUCAGAUUGUGGAAGGGAUGGGGGGAGAGACGUCGGAGCACUACCAGAAGUUCCGGAACUACUGCUUUACGGCCUACACUACGCUGCGGAAGUCUGCGAACCUGAUUCUGAAUCUGUUUGCGCUGAUGGUGGACGCGAAUAUCCCGGAUAUCAAGAUCGAGCCGGACAAGGCGGUGCUGAAGGUGAAGGAGAAGUUCUGUUUAGAUAUGAGCGAGGAGGAGGCGAUAGUGCACUUCCAGACGCUGAUCAACGACAGCGUGAGCGCGUUCUUCCCGAUGGUGAUUGACCGGCUGCACAACUUUGCGCAGUACUGGCGGGCGUGAGCAGAGCUGAGCAUACUGAGCAGAGCAGAGCGGAGCAGGGCAGGGCAGGGCAGGGCAGAGCACGAGCAGCACGUGCCGGGGACGAGGCGGGCGAGGGCAGGGGCGGGGGCGGUGCCGAAAGCGGACAGCCCUAAACCUAACCCAGAAGCCCUAAGCCUAUGGCGGACGUUGCUUUGGGCGGGUUCCCACGUUGCGGGUUUUGUGCAAGGAAUGACACGAGCCCCUUGUUUCCGGAAAU